GUCUGCCUGCACACACUCACUCGAGCAGCAAGACUCAACAAUGCGCGCCUCGUCGUUGGGGCUCGUCGUCGCUUCGACAUUGCUGCUUCCGACUGCCUCUGCCGUACCCUCACAUGCACAACCACCCCCAUCAUCUCAGCAACCAUUGCAUCGCCCGGCAUGGCGCUCCGUCACCGACGCCAUAGUUCGCACCAUCUGGAGCCCGCCGCCAAACUCUCGACCCGACUCCCAAGUCCACAAGAACAGCGACGAUGUUGUCGUGCGCUUCAACAUUAGUAAUUCCAAGGAUGCAACGAGCCUGGCCGAUGCUGCAGACACUCUCUUCCUCGAUCUAUGGGAGUUUACCGACGAUUGGGUCGACAUUAGACUACAGAAAGACUUGAUCCCUUCGUUACUUGGCCUGCUGCCUGCUUCGCUACACCAAGCACAUAACCUGCUCAUGGACGACUUCACUCUUCAGAAUGCCAUUUCAGAUACAUAUCCUUCGUCCCGCUCCUCUCGUCUACUUCAAUCCAAUGGUCCUACUCACCAUAAUGCCUUUGGCCCCAAGCUUGGCGUUUCGUCAUCCGACAACAUCUUCUUCAACGACUACCAGCCUCUUUCCGUCAUCCAACCUUGGAUGCGUCUGAUGGCCUCCCUCUUCACAACCCACGUGCGUGUCAUCAGCAUUGGAACUACAUAUGAAGGCCGUGAUAUUCCUGCCAUGCGUAUCGGCGUUCACCCGACCAACAACGACUCUCCUACACGCCGAAAGACCAUUCUAAUUACUGCUGGCCUACACGCCCGCGAGUGGAUCUCAACCAGCACCGUCAACUACAUUGCAAACUCGCUCAUCACUGGCUACGGGAAGAACCAUGUCAUCACUAGCCUGCUGGAAGAGUUCGACUGGGUCAUCGUACCUACCAUUAAUCCAGAUGGCUAUGUCUACUCCUGGGACCACGAUCGUUUAUGGCGCAAGAACCGUCAACAAACUUCUCUGCGCUUCUGCCGUGGUCUCGAUCUCGAUCGUAGUUUCUCCUACAAGUGGGACGGUGCGAACUCCAGAUCGAACCCCUGCAGCGAGUCGUUCUCAGGUUCCGAGCCCUUUGAAGCUGUGGAAGCCAAGCAGCUGUCUGAUUGGGCACGCAAUGAGACCGAUAACAACAAUGUUGACUUCGUAGGUCUUCUCGAUUUGCACUCGUACUCGCAGCAGAUCUUGUACCCCUUUUCGUACACCUGCGAGGAGAGCCCUCCCAACCUUGAGAAUUUGCAAGAAGUGGCUGCUGGUCUGUCAAAGGUCAUGCGUUUGUCUGGCGGACGCUACUACCAGUCUGCACCGGCGUGCGAGGGCAAUGUUGGCUAUGUCGCUAUUGGUGAUCGUCAAGUCUUCCCCCGCUUCGAAACCGGUGGCGGCAGCUUCCUUGAUUGGUUCUACCAUGAUCUGAAGGUGAAGUACACGUAUCAAGUCAAGCUCCGUGAUCGCGGUACCUAUGGCUUCUUGCUACCUAGAGAUCACAUUGUCCCUACUGGCAAAGAAGUCCUGGACGCUGUGAUCUAUUUCGGAAAGUUCCUUGGAGGCCAGCUUGAUUUUGCUGCCGAGGACGAGCAGCAGGGCGAGUUCAAGCCAUCUGCACAACAAAGCCAAGUUCCCGAGGUCUUUGAGGAGGCAGAAUAUGUUGAUGUAGAUGACGAAGACGUCAUGUGGGAACUUAGGCGGAGACGCGCCUAGCCUUUGAAAUCUUGCAUCUAGCCACUUUCUAUGUUGAUACCCUUACUUAAUUGCAUAAUUGC